AUGGCGGAGCAGGUGAAGCUGUUCGGCAGGUGGGCGUACGAGGACGUGAAUGUGUCCGACCUCAGCCUGGUCGACUACAUCGCGGUGAAAGCCGGGGCACACACCUACCUGCCGCACACGCAGGGGCGCUACCAGGCGAAGCGCUUCCGGAAGGCCCUGUGCCCCAUCGUCGAGCGCCUCUGCUGCUCCAUGAUGAUGCACGGCCGCAACAACGGGAAGAAGCUCAUGGCGGUCCGCAUCGUGAAGCACGCUUUCGAGAUCAUCCACCUCCUGACGGAUAAGAAUCCGAUCCAGGUUUACGUCGACGCCGUGAAGAACGGGGGCCCUCGGGAGGACUCCACGCGCGUCGGCUCCGCGGGCGUCGUGAGGCGCCAGGCUGUGGACGUGUCGCCGCUUCGCCGGUCGAUCGCGGAGGCGCUCGCCGACGAGAUCAUGAACGCCGCCAAGGAGUCCUCCAACAGUUAUGCCAUCAAGAAGAAGGACGAGAUCGAGCGCGUGGCCAAGGCGAACCGCUGA